AUGGAACCAAAGCAAAUGAGGGUAAGAAUUUCUGGUGUAGAUCAGGUGAAAGCAGAACAGUCUGGCAGCGUGAUUGAUCGAAGAAUACCACAUCGGAAAACUCAAUCUUUCAAAGAGAAAAAGAAGACGCAGAACUGGUUUCAGAGACAGUUUUCUGGGAAAAUGAGUGAAGAUUAUGAUUCUAUCGUUGAAAUAGAGCAUGCAACAGCGGUGGCAGCUGCCACAUUUGCAGUUAAAUCAAUCGAAGAAGCAGCAGUCUCUGAUAAGAAACGGGCAGGCAAUGAAACUGGUGACUCUUUGGUGAAGAUCAAGAGCAAAAAGGAAGAAACAACACUUUCAAAGCCAGAAGCUGGAAGACUUUCCAAACUAUUCUCAGGUGCAGGUUUAACAAAAGGUACUCAAGAGGACCAAGAUAGUAAGGUGCCAAUAAGUACUUCCCCGAACCACAAGAUCCCGCAAAAGACCCUCCUUCCUGCUCCCUCGAUUAAACAAACUCCAACGUCUGAUGCCAUCCUUCCUGCUCCAUCAAUGAGAAAAGCUCCAACUUUUGCUGAUAAGCCAUUGAACAGCACAAGCAGUAUAAAACCCGGAACUUCAGCACCACAACUGGAUUUGCCCUUCACUACGAAAGCUGCUACACCUUCAAAUGAAACCAAAUGGCAGAGUGCAGCAAGACCUGGAGUGGUUAAGACAAAAGCAGAUGAAUGGGAGGAGGCUGAGAUGGCUAAACUCAACAAAAGGUAUGAGCAGCAAACCACUACAAUACUUUCCUGGGAGAACAAGAAGAAGAAGAAAAGCAAACUUCAGCUGGGAAAAAGAGAGAGUGAAAUAGAGAGAAGAAGAUCAAAAUCGCUAGAAAAAUACAACAACCAGAUGGAAUCUAUUAAACAGAUUGCAGAAGGAGCAAGGGCACAGGCAGAGGAGAAGCGUAAGAAUAAAGUACUCAAGGUGAAAGAAAAGGCAAAUACACUAAGAAGAACAGGGGAAGAAGCUCCUACAGGAUGUUGCUGCUUCUAA